AUGCACGCCAUGGAUGCACCUGUAAUGGAGAAGGCCAAACGGAGCUCGGCCGUCAAGCCUCCUGUAAACCCUCCAGCCUCUCAUUCUCAGGCCUCAAUAUAUUAUCCCAAGGCCCCUCCGAGCUCCCGUUCCUCCACGUCUGGCCCCAGCUCUAAAACCGGUCGUCCUCAGCACCCCUCGCUUUCCCGUGUCAAGGGCAGAAGAAACAUGUAUACGCCGCCACAGAUGAGCCCUGACCGGUCAUGGUUGGUCGACCAGUCGCCGGUCCGUAGGGGAACCAGAACACCACCCCAGCAACAGAGAACCCCAAAUAAAGGCACAUCCACUUUAGUAAAUCCAGCGUCUACUCUUCUGCAAGAUAUGCUCAAGGAACAGCGCGCGCAUCGUGACUCGCGCGGGUCUGCGCCCGAAGAUUGGGAGGGCAUUCCACAAACCCCCGAACGACCUCGCACCCAAGAAGACGGUGCUUUUACGGCCUCGGAAAGGGCGAGAAAAGUCAGCGAUGCCCUCUCCGCCGGUCUUCGAAAGCCCAAGGAGAUGGGGAUGCGAGAGAUGGAUCAGUACGUUUCCAAAAUGAAUAAACUUAACUUCGACCUGAAACUCGAGGUGUUUCAUCGCGCACAACAAAUGGGGAACCUAGAGAAAAAAUUGGAACGGAUGAAGUCGAUGGAGGAGGAAUUGACGAAGAUGCAAAAGCUUGAGGAAGAAGUAGAGGAACUCCGCGAGGCUGAAAAGGAUAAUCGUCGACUUCGGGAGUCAAAUGAGGAGCUUCGCCUGGAGCUGGGAAAGCGGGAUCAAGCUGUGACCGAGGCCGUUCAGCUCAUCUGCCAGCUUGAAUCGAAGAUCGAGCAGCUCGAGGCAGGUGGUCGGACUUUACCGAUGUCACCAAGUCGACUCGUACUUGAUGGCCCAAAUGCCUGCACACCCAAGGCUCAGGCUCAGGCUCAGGCUACUUUCGAGAUCCCGGAGAGAUCUUCCUCCAGAGGCGGAACUUUGAAAUCUCGAUUAAAGGGACGGCGAUCGUCCGAUUUGCGGCUGCUAUCCAAGGCACCUUCGUUCUUGCUCGAAGAAACUCAGAAUACUGCCGCACUACGCAGUCUCUAUGUUCCAGAUGAUGAUAAGUCACACUCGGCUCUAAGUGAUAUGACCAAGUCUGAGAGCUACCACACGAUGGCUGAUGCCACUUCUAUGGCAUCUCCUCGAUUAAGUGUUCUCAGCGAGGCCAGUGAGCUGAACCCCAUUGACACGUCUUCAAGAUGGCACGAGUUCGACAAGCUGGACAUUCCUGUCAGCAACUUACUAUCUACCAAAGCACUAUCUACCACGAGCAGCCUAGACAGCUACGUUGGCCCAACCGAAACAGUGGAGGGAAAGAACCAUCAACUUGAAACCUGGAUGCAAUCGCAAACUAUCAUCCAACGAAGACAGAAUCGGGCAAUCAAACCCCGAGGUCGGCAGCGUCUCGAUGCUUCGCUGUUUGAGAGCGCAAGGCUUCCUCCCACCCCGGAUACUAUGAGCACAGCAUAUGCAGCCGUUUAUAACGGUUCAAACGGAAGCAUCGCACCCCCAAAGAGCCCUCUGCAGAAUCGUGAUCAGCUGUUCAGCGGUCCACGUCUGCGGCGUCACUGUUCUGCCGAUGAAUUGACAUCCCACCGCAGCAGAGCUGGUAGCGACGUCACAGACAGCAUGCAGACAAACUGCAGUGACACACCUCGUCUUGAUGGCCGGAAAUCUGAAUCGCCGGUAAUUUAUCCUUUUAACACAGUUGCUUCCAAGGCCAGUGAAUUGCUUGGACCCGGAAGUCCUAACAAUCCUGCUCUCAAGUCUUUCGCCGAUCUAUUUCACCCAGAUAGCAUUGACGAAGCCGUGCCUCCGCCAAUUACCCGGAAGACACCCACAAAAUCCCAUACGUUGCACCAAAGGUCUAUGGAGUUCGACGCCUCCCCGCCAUUGACCCCGGAGGAUUGGCUUGCAGCCGCCCAGAAAACCCCUCGUUCUCGAAAGGAGAAAGCUCGUGGACUUCGGAUCGAACAGCAGAAAGGAUCAGAUCGACAUGUUAUAAGCCGCAACGCCUUCCACGAAAACGACAGCAUUGACUCGUUCGCCGUUGAGCCUGAGGUCCCUGGGAUCCCAACUCUAAAUAUGGAAGCCCUUGCGAUUCUCGAAAGUCAUGCGCCUGAGCGACUUGCUUCGAUCCCCGAGCCUGAGGAUGGACCUGGUCCGGAGCCACGCCGACGCUUUAGUUUCCGCCCUGCUUUCCUCAAUCGUUACAAUGGCCCUCGCCGUCUUCAGUCUUCGCCAACGCUGAGUGAAUACAUAGAUGACGAGGAGGAUGGCGCACCUUCCCCCAUCAUUCCGAAGACCAGGAAUCCAGGUGGCGCCACAAGACGCCCUAUGUCGCAGAUCAUCACGAACUCGGCCGACUUUUACUCCCAUGUUCCCGCUGCGAUUCAGGACCUCGAAGACGAUCCUCGAGCUUUCCACCAAUCUCUAAUGGAAGCUCGGGAAGAGAGCCAGCCAGUCCAAUCCGCUACAAUAUCGGGCCGGCCAUCAUCAAUCCACAGUACUGAACAUAAACGCCGCACCUCGCUGGGAAUCUUCGGCUGGAUGAAGAAUGUCGGCGGCAAACGCUCCGAUCUCGCACUCCCUGUGAACGAGAACUUCACGGACACCGCACAGAAGGAGAACCGGAACCCUGCACGUCUAAUGAAGGAACAUCCCCAGUUCUCUGUACCUCGUGCCUCUACCCCAGAUUCUAUGGACGCACCCACCAUGCGGCCUCGCUCUAUGAUGACCGUCGGGUCCGACGAUACAACUCGACAACCUCGUUAUAUGGGUCGUCGGUCUCGUCGAAGCUAA